CUUUGACUUUGCUCAGACUUAGGUAAGUUUCAGUUAUAACAAGACAGAUAUAUGUCAGCGAUAUACUGCUGCCUCGUUUUAUCUGUGUCUUAAGUCUAAGCAAAGACGGAGUUCACUCUAUAAAUCUCUUUUAGUUAUUAAUCUUUUUGGAAAUAAAUUAUUUGUAUUUGUAAAUUUCAGCCUAAAUAUUGGUACAAGCAUCAUUAAAAUCGGUCCACGCGUUUUGUGCCCGAAAGGAAACAAACAUUAGAUGAACAUAAAUUAAGUAUACCUAACUAUUAUUUUGCCCUGUACCUACUGUCCGUAAAACCAUAGUCAAACUAGGUAUGUAAAAGUCGAAAUAAAUUGUCAUAGAAACGAAUAAACAAGGAUUUUAUUGUCCUAGUGACAGAAUCAAUUCAAAAUAAAUGGUAGGCUCAGAUCAGCUCAGAUGGUAGGUGUCGAAUAUUCUUCUUGAAUUUUCCUCUCCUCUAACAGCAAAGAUGCCAAUUUUAGUGAAAGAUUAUUCGUGGAUACAAAGUUCCACCAACAUCCAUAUAAGAGUACCUCUAGAUCCAGUUUAUAAGGAAAAGGUAGAUCUUUUUACAACAGACAGGUAUAUCAAAGCUAAUUUUAGCCCAUUUCUCUUUGAAAUAUUUCUAUUGCACGACGUAGACAUAAAAAGAAGCAAAUGUAUCGUAAAAGAUGAUGUGAUUCUACUAGAUUUAUUCAAAAAAGAUGAUGCUGAAUGGGAGUCUUUAGAAAAAACCUUAACAAAAGAAGAAAAGAUGAGGAUUAGGCAAGAAACACUUGAAGAAUGCCAGCAAAAGGCCAAGCAAGAAGCAGAAGAUAAAGCUAUUAAGAAAAGCAACUUAGAUAGAUUCACUGUCCAACGGGCAAUGGAUAUUGAUAAUAAGCAACAUGAUUUAAUGGAUUCGAGAAGAGACGAACAACGUAAGAAAGCUAUGGGUGAUUUAGAAAAAUGGAGAGCAUCGACUGUUGAAAAUAAUCACAAUUUUAAAGAUACUACAAGCUCCAGUGUUAAAAUAGUUGAAUUGCCCUCGUCAGAGGAUGAAGAAGUUGAGAAAAAUGCAAGAGGAAGAGAAGUUGAAAAUAAUAAAAGAAGUUUUGUUGAUACUGAAAGUUCUGGGGCUAAAAUAAUUGAAUUACCGUCGUCAGAAGACGAAUGUUUCGCGAAUAAUACAAAAAUAAAUGAAAAUCUUACCAAAAAGCAAACUUCAGAAGAUUCGCCCAAAAGCACUAAAAUACUAGCUGAAAUCAAAAAGCAAAUACUAUGGAAACCAGAGAAGAAAGUAGUGAAAUCGGAAUACGUAGAAAAGAAAAAAGAAGAAACUGUUAAAAGAGUCUUGCCAAAACUAAGGCAAAUGGCUGAAUUACAAAUUACUCAUACUCCUCGAACGUUUCCAACCCCCAGCAGGGAAUCCACUGCUCAAGAAGAAGAAGCGUGGCUGAAGAACAUUACAAUGGCCAGAAGAGCUACUGGUUUUGUGUCCGAAGAUUUGCGUCCGGAAGAGCAAGACCCUCAAUGGUGCAAAGAGAAGGGCGACGAGUUCUUUCGGAGCGGGAACUAUCUCGGCGCUAUCAGUGCCUAUACACACGGCAUCACUUUGUCUGACAAACUGCCCACGCUUUUUGCCAACAGAGCUGCCACUCACUUUGCCUUGGGGAAUUUUAGUAAAUGUGCGACAGAUUGUUCCACAGCCUUGGAUCUGUUGAAGCCGCCGUGCGAAGGCAAUCGUCGGAGUCGAGCAAAAUGCAUCGCCAGGAGAGGAGCAGCGCUUGCUCGGCUCGGGUAUCUGAGCAAAGCCAUCGACGAAAUGAAGGCAGCUGCCAAGUUGGUGCCCGAUGAUGAAAAAAUCAAGAGAGAUAUAAUUGACAUGGAAAGAGCUUGGGAACAAAAUCCAGAUUCAGAUUAGGGCACUUAAAUCUUUAAUUGACGUUAGUUUGGAGUCUCGCCUAUAUUCCAGAAAUAAGAAAAAGAACGCCAAACAACAUCAAUAUUUGAGUUGCCCCCAAAUCAAAGCAACUACCUCCUAUUACAUUUCAAUUUUCAAUUAAUAUGUACGUAUUUGUAGUUUAAUAUUUUUUAUUUUCAUUAACAUUACCGUGAAGU